AUAACACACUACACACUACACUUUGAAGCAUACUUCGAAGAUAGCGAACGAAGUUCCAACACGACGACACCACUACAAUCAUUAUUUCCGCAUUUCUACUACCAUCAAAAUGCAGUUCUUCGCAAGCCUUGCUGCCCUCGCUGCCACCGCAGCCACUUUGGUCUCGGCCAACAGUGUAACCUUCGUCAACCAGGAUGAAACCGUUAGACGCAUUAUCUUCACCCCGAACGAUGGCUUCGCGUCGAUGGAUACGAUCGAGGUGGAAGCUUCAGGCACAUCCAAGGUCGAAUUCUCUCAAGGGUGGAUUGGCAACUGGUAUGCCGUCUCGGAGGGAUAUGAAGAUGUCCCCGGCAUGCUUGGAGAGGUUGCCUUCAACGGAUGGAACGAUUUGACUUACUACGACGUGUCGGCCAUUGUCAACGCCACCGACACCAACGGCGUUAAGGAGAUGUUCCCCCUCAGCCAGAUGAACUUGACAACCAAGACAUCUUUCUCAGGAUGCAAGACUUUCCCCUGCAACACCGUUUACAUCCAGUGGGACGAUGUUCAGACCGUGACAACCAGUGAGACGGAUCUGGUCUGCACGCUCGGCACCAGCCCCGAGACGGUGGAGAAGCGCGCAGAACACAACCUUGUUGCCCGCCACUACGUCCUCGGAAAACUGUCUUGAACAUACAGCUAAUCCCCCUCUUGCUUUGAGAGUACAGCGCUGGGCGCUCACAAUGACGACUUAACGCUAUACUACGGAUACGGUUUUGAAGAUACCCGCCUCCCUUUCUCUUCUCGGCAGCGUCCCCCCCCUUUCCUUGUCCGGUCGAUCGGUCGAUCGGGGCUCUUGGGAGCUUUGGACACCGGACACCGCUAUUGCAGACGGAAAUCCUGCAACACAUCGCGCGAUCUCGACGAUCAGCUGACAAAAAAUGUCUAGGUGCGACAUAAAAGAUCACUGGGCUCUUACUUCUGGGAUAAAUU